UUAUUUCGCACUAACACAUAUUCUUGUCAACAGAAAAAACGGCAGAAAGCCAAUUCAAUUGAUGUGGAGCAGAAGACAAGAAAUAAGAAGGAGAGUAGCACUUCAUCUCCCUCUCCAAUUCCAAGUGACCGUUCUGAACAGAAUGCCUCCGCCACCUCUGACCCCUCACCCUCUGACCAACUCUCCUCCCUCUAUCCACCUCCCUCUCCUGUUAACUGUUCCUCUCAGCCUUGCUCUCCUGCUAAACAGCCCUCUCUCCCCAGGUCACCUGCCAAACACCCUUCCCCAGUGAAAUCCUAUCCAGUGCUGUCCCGCCCUAGUUCUCCCUCUCCUACCAACCCUCUGGACGGUGAUGGAGACACCAGCCAAGAGGGCGCAACAGUCAGACCUCUGUCUCUUCAGGACCACUCUAGCCCAAGGCCCCAGAGGUCAGGCUCAGGUGCCAGAAGCCAGACUCUUCCCAGGGCCAGCUCAGCCACCAGAAGAUCAGAGGAGACCCAGGGGGCCAGAGGAGAACGGGGGGCCCUGGUCAACAUGGAACUUCUUGGGUUGCCUAACAUUGGCAACACUUGCUUCCUAAACGCCACCCUGCAGUGCCUCCUGGUCCUGCCUUCCUUCUCAAAGGAAAUCCUACGCCAGGAACAACUCUGGAGCUCCUCCCCCUUCUCCAACCUGCUCAGGUGUCUGUCUGAUGUGCACCGUUCGGGUCUACCUGACAGUGGCGCAAACCAGGCCUCAAAAGCAGACCUCAUGUGGAAGGUCAAGUACUCCUUGUCGGGAUAUGAUUUGAAGUAUCUGGGGGACACGCAACAGGACGCACACGAGUUACUUGUGAAUAUGCUGUGCCAGCUGAAGGAGGAGGGCAUGAUACUGAAGACGCUCGGGGUGAACUAUACCUGCCCUGUUUCCCAGCUGGAGUUCCAGCUUGUCUCAGUGCGCACAUGUACCAGCUGUGGGCGCGAGUCGUCCACCAGAGAGGACUACAAUCACCUCUCAUUGGACUUCACCUCUGAGCGCACCUUGCUAAGCAGCCUAGCACUCACUUUCAAAGGAGAAAAGGUUGAAUUCACAUGUGCGGGCUGCAAGGGCCUCCACGCCUCAAAGGUGGAGCAGUUCCACACACUGCCUCUUGUGCUGGUUCUGCAUCUGAAGAGGUUUGGAGGACCUGGGGGGUUGGAGAAGCAGGAGGCUCCUCUUUUGUUUCCUUCGGAGCUGAGGCUCUCCACCUUCUGCGGGGACACGGUGCCACCCCUGCACAGUGCCAGCCCACAGGCCCUCACCAACCAGAUCCCCAAUAUCCAGGUGUCCAUCCCCCAGACCCUCGCCAGCCAAGUCUCCAACCCACCUGGAGAGGCCAAAGAUAGCGCCCUCUGCUGUUCAGAAGCAGCCAGUGAAGUCAGUGAUUGGCUACUACCAGCUGACUGGCGUAGUCUCUCAUUUGGGAGGCUCCGCAAACUCCGGGCACUACAUUAGUGACAUAUUGAAUGCCAGUGGAAACUGGUUCUGCUGUAAUGACAGCCAAGUGUCAAUGUCCAAUGAAGCCACUGUGCU